ACUGCUCCAUCCGGGAACUUUCGAAUUAGCAUUGACAGCCGAAGCGCAACUUUUCCAGGAGCAAAGUGAAAUCAAGCCGCGCACUCGGACAAAAUAUAGGCCUUCGUUUUCAACUCGAAAUCACCGAAUUUAAAAUAUUAUAACCCCUUGGACUACAUGAAUCGUCGCUAAGAGAUCGUAGGAGUGGAUCUGUCCAGGUGCUGAAAUCUUUUUUCCAUCUUUAGAGCACUUUGUUCACUGGCGUAAAGUGAGUGAUGAGUCCUAUUGCCAGUAAAGAAACAAGAACUUGCUUUGCAGGCUGAGUAGUUCUUCUUUCGAUUGUUAUUGCCGCUUUUUAAAAAAUCUUUAUUUUCCGGAAACUUCACCUCGAUUGGUUCGAAAGUGAAAGAAAAGUGUUUUGGAAGUCGGAACAUGGAAUUACAAGGCCUACAAGAGGCGUUGAAAGUAGAAAUCCAGUGUCAUCAGAAACUAGUUGCACAAAUGAAGCAAGAACCACAGGAUGGAGAGCUUAAGAAACAACUACACGAAAGGCAAACAAGAAUAACAGCUCUAAGCGAAAAACAAAAGCUGCCGGUGAGGGGCUGUCCUAUGGGGAGCACCAAGCCCGUCUCACUCAUCAAGCCGCCAAGCCAGAGCAUAGCCAUCUCCGUGGUGCCGGCGAAAGCUCCCGUUUCCAUGGUGACCGCACACAUUAACGGACAAAAGGCGGCAGGCAGCGAGCCGCUGCAGACGGCCCCAAUCAACCUGCAAACGACGAGCAAAGUGGCCGGGAGCGGCCUAUCCUCCGUGGGCCGGAGAGUCAGCGAACAGCCGCACUCACAGGUGCUGGGAACCCUCACAGCAGUGCCCAUCAAGGUGCCUCACGUCAGCUCCCUGCAGCGGCUGGCUGGCCAGGCUUCCACACUGCUACCUCAGGUUAGGCCAAAGACGCUGAUCCCGGACAGCCUCCCGCACAGCCCCUGGCAGGAGCAGCUGUCCAGCCAGCCUCCUAGCCUGCAGAAGGCCCCUGCUGUGGUCAGCUCCAAGAGCCAGGGCCCUGGUCCAGCCCUGCCCACUGCCAACAGCACCUUCAGCCCCGCGGGACGGCCCAACGGCAAGUCUGCCCCUGCUUCAUCGCCAGCCUCGCCCACCAUGUCCGCAGGGGUCAGCGGCGCUGGCGUGGCCUACGCCAUCAUCGCCGCCUCACCCAGCCACUCGACCUCCUCUUCGGCGACAUCGGAGGCCGUCAAGGUGCAGCCGCUGCUCUUCAGUGCAGAUAACAAGGUGAUAAUAAUCCAGCCCCAGGCCUCCGGCAGCCCUCAGAAUUCCCCUGGCCAGCAGGCUGACAGCCCCACCCAGGACCUCCCAGCCACAGAUGCCCCUCCCUCCAAGAAGAAACGAGAGGAAGAUCCAGAGAAAAUUGCCUUCAUGACAGCUCUUGGCCUGGUGACCACUGACUAUUUGGAAGAGAUCCAGAGCAAGAGGCAGGAGAGGAAGAGAAGGAGUACAGCCAAUCCCGCAUACAGCGGCCUGUUUGAGCCUGAGCGCAAACGCCAUGCAUCUCACUUCCUGAACAACCCACUCUUCCUGUCUGCAAGAGACACUGAGGACUUGAGCUGGAAGGAGCUGCUGGAGCAUGAUGAGCGCUGCGCUGUAUGUAAAGAGGAAGGCGAUCUGCAGCCCUGCCACAACUGUACCCGCGCCUACCACCUCGACUGCCUCCACCCACCCCUCAGGAGCCCCCCCAAGGGCCCCUGGUCCUGCCCCAAGUGCCAGAAGAAGGUACUGAACAAAGACAACUUGUCAUGGCCGCAGAGUUUCGUUCAUUCAUAUGUAACACACAAAACAGUGAGAGAGGAGGAGAAGAAGAAGCUGAUGAGGAGGAACAGCGAGCUGAAGAAAGAGUGCGCCCUGCUGGAAGAGCGGGACCAGCAGCUGAGCGAGUCGCUCACGAAAUGCAUGGACAUGAAGAGUGGCCUUCUGAGCCAGCAGAAGGAGACCCAGGCCUCUCUCGAGAGGCUGAAGGCUCUGAUCCGGCUCAUCCAGCGAGACCAGAUGAUCCAGGUUACCAUGACAGCUACUACUACCACCGGGGCGUCCCUCCUCUCGCUACCUUGGAUCAAGCCUUCUGGCACAGUGACAGCGCCCCCUGCUGGGACCUCUACACUACUUCAGAAGCCCCUGCCACAGACCACGAGCAACAACUGACCCCACCUCGGUUCCACCCAUCCAGACCCUCGCACCUUUGAGCCAAGCAGCCAUCUGCCAAAUCUUUGGCCACACCCUAACUCAUCCCAGAAACAGACUCGAAAAACGCGUCUGUGGUAAUAUCAAACAUGUCCGUUAAAAGGGAAAGAUUACGUUUUUUUUAAUGAGCUGUUGUGGGAACAGAAAGGACAUCCCAUGAGGUCUUCAGCAAGUAUUUUUUUAAACACCUUCAGUGCUUAUGAGAUUUUUUUUUAAACGUAUCGAUUUUGUUUAAUGUUCUUGGCCUUAAUGUAUUUAUGAAUUUUUAAAGCAGGAUCAAACGCACGCCUGUUGCAGACACGGGGGAAAGCCGUGUCGUGGUUUUAACAUGUCAGGAGCUGUAACGAGCAAACAUUCUCGGAUAUAGGGAGAGAGACCGAUAGCGCCUAGAAGUAGAAAAUAGUCACAAAUAAAUGAGAACAGUGGAAGUGGAAUUGGGCGGCGCGCUGAAACAGUAGCCAGCCUUAGCCGCUUACGUACCCGAACGUCUCCAGGUUCCUUUGGGAGAAGGAGGGAUCAGGACCGAGUUUGGGUGUCAUCACAUGCAUAAACAUGAGCCUUCAAACAAAAACAGAGAAUUACAUUUUUCAGUAUUAACAUAGUUAAAAAAAAGAAGUAUUUAAAAUUACUACGAAAUUUAGCAUUUUUUAGUGAAAAAUGUAGUAUUUUCUUGCUUGUUGAUAAUGUAAAAUGAAGUAUUUGAGGAGAGGUUUGCUGUACAGAAAUUGAAUUGUUAAUGCUGGUUUUUGUUUUUUUUAUCAUUAUUCUUCAGAUCUUGUUUGUGGUUGCGAUCAAAAAUAGGUGUUUUCCAAAAGUAAUUAGUCAUUCCUGUAGGUGUGCUACUCUGCAUCCUGUCACUGUCCUUCCUUUACCAGUAUAGGAAUUAUGCCAAAAAACCCGUCAUUUUUGUACUGGAAAUUCUUUUUUAUUGUCUGUUGUCUUUCGUUUAUUUAGUCUGUCAUCUUCUUGUUGCAUCAAUGCACAGCACAGCUGUUUUUUUUUUGUUCCUGUGAUUUUUUUAUUUUUGAACAUGACAUUUUCCUGGGGAGGGUUCGCUUUGAGGAGUUUUAUCUACGUGACAAUUCAAAUCCACACUGCCUCAAGGAGCAAUCAGUAAUUUCCUGAUGUUUUCUGCUAUUUUUUUCCCAGUCAGAGGACACGAGGACACUUCCUGGAGUGUCCGUUUCAGGGGGACAGAUUUUGCUGUGAACGUUGCAUUGAUUCCUACAGUUAGUCUUCCUGCUACGCCAAGGUUUUUGGGAGGACAGGGAAGGUGUCAUGGCCUCGCAGCCUCCCUUUCCGCUGCUCCACAUGCAAUUACGUUCAGCCUUCACAGGAGGCAAUGAUAUGGCCGAAAAUGCUUUGGCGAGAAGGAAAUAUCCGAUAACGAUAAACUUGGUCUUAAUGUUUUUCCACAUUUUUUUUAUAUUACAGAUCAAAUUGCUUAUUUGGAUGCAGACAAUUGGAAUACAAUACUCAUAUGAACCGAAACACCGACUGAUACGAGGGCUAGUUUUUAGGCCAGAAAGGCGCAGCCACGUAAAGCAGCAGGUUGUGUCUCCCAUGCGAGAAGGGGGGAGACAUAAAUCUGCGUGAGCACCGUACGUCGACUCUGCAAAAGCCUUUCUGUGUUCUUUAUUUUCACUGUCCAUGUGCAAAGCAGCUGGAAAAGUCCAAUGACUGUUGAAAGGAUCACAGAUGUUCUGUUGUGCUGUUUGUAUGGCAGUCAGGUUUUCUGGGGAGAUCUGUGUGUACGUCUGAGGGAACCCGGAGCCUAGGCAGAUCUCUCUGGAACACGUCACAAUUGGGUCUUCAAGGGCACCAUUUUCUCAUUUUUAAGCUUUAUUUCUUGUUGGCCUUUCAAAAUUCUUGGUCUUGAGUAAUUCAGUUGUCUACGCAAGACAGUUCUAGAGGGCCUGUACAUUUCCCUCUGCAAUUAUUCCCUUAAUUAAUCUUGGUCGAAUUCCCACAUUUAGGAUUGAGCUAAACGAACGAAUGCGCGCACGCACGCACACACACACACACACACAACAAUAAGCAACUAAAACCUUUUCCCAGUAUUUCCAGUUCAUCAUCCAAUAGGAAGCACUCUUUGUGAAGUUGGAAGUUAAAGGGAAAAAACCCUGCACUUUCCUUUCCACGUCCAUUGCUGAUUUGAGGAACAUUAACCUUGGAACAAAAUGAUAGCAGAAAGAGAGCUGACAGCAAGUUUACAGAGGAAUGAGAGAACAGUGAGGGUUCACAGCAAGCAGUCAGUGACAGAUGUUAUAAAUCACUUUAAAUUUCAGUUGCCGAUUUUAGUGAGUGGUUGAUUUUUUUUUCGGACAAAAAUGAUCUCCUAUAAGGAAGUCCUGUGGACCAUGUGACUGACAUGGCAUGCAACGUGCAGAGGUCUGGGAGGAGCAAGACGACGGCUGGAGGUGGGCAGUUAAAAGCAAGCGGAUGGAAAGCUGACAAAUGUAGAGUGAAUCUGACACAUAUCAGUCGCCAUCCCGACCCACAGACUGUCAUACGCCUGUAGGAAUUUGCCUGUUUUAGGGAACGCUGCUGCGCUGUAGGAGCGGAACCAGGAGCGAGGAGAAAAAGGCUGGGGAUAAUCCGGAAACGGGAAAACCCCCACACCAUAUCAGCCCUCCGCGUCACGACAAGAACACACUCCCACGCGUCGUUUAAACAGCAUGUGUCCCCGGCUCUGUCAACCAUUUACAGAAUUCUCCGGAAGAAACUGUGCAGCGUAAUACAGAUCUAUUUUAAUACACUUGACGCUACGUUGAACAAAAAUGAAAGAAAAAAAAAGUUUUAUAUUCUUUUAUCAAGGAACAAUUGAAAAAAGGAGGGGGAAAAAGGGUUUGAAAGUUUAUCGUUUGCCAAUUAUGCAUUCAGACAUGGCUCGCGAAAAGCUUGAAGCAUUUCAUUUACUAGGGAAAGACGACAGGAAUUUCUCUUGGGACUAUUAAAAUCGCCUUUCUUUGUAAUUAAAUGGGGGACUGUCCAGUAGAAUGUGUACAGGGAAAGUGUUUGUCCUACAUAUGCCAAUGUAGUUUUUUUUUUCUUUCUAACGUAUUAAAGAUCAGUUAAUUGAAAUUGA